UGCACACUGCUCCUCCAGAGAAAUGUUCUUCUGCCACUCAGUAGUGCUUAAAAUUGUCUUUACUGUAUGAUUCUUGUUAUUGUCUUUACUGUAUGAUUCUUGUUAGGACUUACCUGCUCUUGCUCCCUUUCAAUGCUGAGGGAUUUUUCUUGUUUGCAAGUUCCAGUCACGUUGGAGCCAUCACUUCCCAGUCCUGCUGGAAACGCCUCUGAAAUAAGUGUGGCAGCUCUUUAACUUCUGGAGGCAGCAGGCUCGCUGAGUGGGAGCCAUGUCAGUGAAGCUCACCUUCGUGUCCCCUGGGGAUGGGGGUGGCAUCAGCAGGAGCUGCUCCUUCACCGGCUUCAGCACCGUGCAGAGCAGGAAACUGGGCAAGUCCCUGAGCAGGAGCUCCGUGAGGUCCAGGAUGUCCCUGAAGCCCCCCAAGGCCUACAACUCCCUGCAGAAGGGGGCGCUCAUCUGGGACCCAAAGCCACUGCAGGUGAAGAAAAUUUUUGAAGCUUUGAAGAAAGGACUUAAUGAAUACCUGGAGGCACACCAGGCUGAGCUGGAUUGUCUCUCUGGGCGGCACAAAGACACAAAAAGGAACUCUAGAUUGGCCUUCUACUACGACCUGGACAAGCAAAUCCGCUCUGUGGAGAGAUACAUCAGGAAACUGGAGUUUCACAUCAGCAAGGUAGAGGAGCUCUAUGAAGCUUACUGCAUCCAGUGCAGGCUGCGGGACGGCGCCACCAACAUGAAGCAAGCCUUCUCGCUGUCCCCUGCCACCAAAGCCUCCAGGGAGAGCCUGGUGGAGCUCUACAGGAACGUGCAGGAGUGCACAGAGGACAUGUGCUUCAUCGAGGGGGCUCUGGAGGUGCACCUGGGGGAGUUCCAUGUCAAGAUGAAAGGGCUGGUGGGCUUUGCUCGACUCUGCCCAGGAGACCAGUAUGAGGUGUUUGUGAGACUGGGGCGCCAGAAAUGGAGGCUCAGAGGCAAAAUUGAGACUGAUGACAGCCAGACAUGGGACGAGGAAGAGAAGAUUUUUAUCCCCAAUCUGCACGAAAAGUUUGAAAUCAAGGUGACAGAGCUGCGGGGCCUGGCCACCAUCCUGGUGGGGGUGGUGACGUGUGACAGCAGCAGCUUCUUCAGCCCCAAGCCCCAGGCCAUCGUGGUGGACAUCACGGAGCUGGGCACCAUCAAGCUGCGCCUGGAGGUGCUCUGGAACCCCUUUGACACAGAGAACCUGUUUCUGUCCCCUGGAAGCACUGCCAAGUUUUCUGUGGGCAGCAGGAAGAGCUCCUUGUACAACUGGACCCCCCCAAACACCCCCAGCUUCAGAGAGAGGUAUUACCUGUCUCUUUUGCAGCAGAGGCAGAGCCCGGGGGAUGGCGGGGAGGAAGCCCAGCCUCCCAGCAUCCUGAGCUACUUGGCUGCCUGUGAUUUCGAUGUCCCUGGGAGGAACAAGCCCCACAACCCCGCGGAGACCAGUGAGGGGGACUCGUUCAGCUCUGAGGAUCAGAAGGGGGCGGAAUCCAGAAGCACAACCCCAGCCCUGGACCACAGGAUGUUGCCGCUGGUGAUUAUCCAAGAGGCCGGAGCAGAAGAGCUGCAGCAUCCCCUCCCGGACCACAGCACUCUGGACAUCCUGAAGAAGACCCCGUGCGGGGACGGAUUCCCCAGGAGCCCCUCCGCUUUCCCUCCCCGUCACAAGGCACAUUAUUUUUGGGGUCAGAGAGGUGCAUCAAGAGCAGACUUCCCUGAUGUGUUAAGAAUGAAAUCAGCAAAGCAAAGUGAUUUAUUAUUAGGAAUGAUUUCAGAACCAGCAAAGAACUACUGCAAAAUGGCUGGCCAACUACAAAUAACAGUAUUUCUUUUUCCGUUUCUUCAACAGCUGAAGACACUUCACAAACAUUCCUCCAUGGAGAGUUUGAUGGUGGAGACAGUGCUGGAGAGUUUUGAUUUCCUGAACAAUGACUGCAGUGCAGACGAGCUCUCCCUGUUUGGGAGCGUGAGGACAGGCAGUGUCAGCACAUACAAUGACAACGUGCUGCAGCCCCUGGGCUGUGACUCCAGGCCAGAAGCCCAGGAUGUAACCACGGGGGAUGAGAACCUGGACGUGCUGCUGGUUACACACCUGAGGCUGUGCAAAGCUCUCCUGCAGAAACUGAGGACCCCAAACGUAGCCCAGGUGGUCCAGGAGAGCAUUUUGGAAGAAGUGUCAGAGCAGACACAAGUCUUGGGGGAUGUCCUGGAUCUGUCUGCAGAGAAAAUUAUUCAGAAGGCUAAAAAGAAGAAGCAAUACCUGAAAAUCUGGAGUGAUCUUGCAGAGCCUGGCAGCAGCAUCUUGGUGACCUCGGCAGAAAGGUUCCGUCAUGCUCUGAAAUACACAAUGAUGCUCAAAGUGAAGGAGAAGUACCCCAGCCACCUGGAGACAGUGCUGCAGAGGCUGCUGGAGCAGAUCCUCACCUGCGAUGGGCUGCUGCCCUCCUGCCACCUGCAAGCGGAGCCGGUGACUCUGUUCCAGUUCUAUCGCUACCUGGAGAGGCACCGCAUCGGCAGCCUGGAGAAGCACCUGGCCAAGCUGGCCAAGGAAGGCUGUGCUGUUCUACACCGAUGCCCUGUCCGGCUGUGACUCGAGGCUGCAGCAGGCCGCGUGUCUGGCUCUGAAGAACCUCCGGGCCGUGGAGAGCAUUGAGCAGGUUGCCCACCUGUGCCAGUCUGAAACAGAGGAAGUCAGGAAUGCUGCCAGGGAAACCACGCUGUCCUUUGGGGAGCGGGGCCGACAAGCCUUUGAGAAGAUGGACAGGAUCUGCUGUGAGCUGAGAGAAACUGCUCAGGAGGCCGAGAUUGAAAUCACAGUGUUUUAGCGAGCUGGAUCCCCCUGUCCUCACAGCCCCACGGGUACCUGAGGGUUUGGUUCUGUCUGGUUUCCUUCUGUUCUGUCCUGUCCCUGCCAUCUCCUGCCCCAGCACAGGUUUAUUUCCAGAGGGGACAGUUUGUCCUUGCCGUGAUGCAGCCUGGAAUGCAUUUUCUCAGUCGCUCUGCACAUGAGGAAAUACCAAGUGCUGGACAGAUGAAAACUGGGAUCUCUCAGAAUGUGGAUCCAGGUCUUAACUGGAGUUCAAAUCUCCAUCUUGCUGAAAUUAGCUGCCCAUGCUCCAACUCUGUCCAAUAUGAUCCAUUUUCCCAGGAAGUGGUUUAUUGAUUUGGCAUUCUCCAAAGAAAGAAAUGAUCACCGUCCCAGACCAGCUGCCCUGUCAGGUGCACAAAUCCAGCACCACUGCUUGGUGGUUUCCUUUGCUGGGGCCAUGCAGCUGCAGCAGGAGAACCUGGCACUCCCUGAGUCAGUGUGCAAUUGCUGCAGCUCAGGCAGGCUCUGUAAGAGCUGGGUGUGCUCACUGCAUUUGCCACGGGCAGCUCUCACUGAGGGACGGAUGGGUUUGCUCUUUUAAAACUCUGGGCUCAGUCACAGACCAAGAGUUCUCCUGCUCAUCCCCAGCCCUGGCUGGCAGGGUGCCCGUGGGGAGCAGCCUGGCUUCAGGUGCAAUACUUGAAAGGGGGUUGGGAUUGUGUGUACAUAUUUUUAUAUAUAUAUAUACACAUGAAACUUUUCUAUUUGGUAUUUAUUUGUUGGAUUUCAUACUGUUUUCUAAAGUUCUAAUAAACCAUUUGAGACAA